ACCAAGUGAAGCGACUCUCAAGUGUCUGUUUUGCUCUUUAUUUAUAACCACCACUUUUCAGGGUUCGCUAAUGACCCGCCGUCAUACAGUCGCAUAAAGGAGGCCGUGUUUUAGUGAUUUAAUGGGUGGUAAGAAGAAGAAAUCGGCGGCGGCGGCUGCUCCGGUGGCCCCGGCCGCAACAGCAGCAGCAGCGGGCAGGGCUGGUGCUGUUGCACCGGGGAACAGCGUGGCAGAGGAGCCGAAGAAACAACCACACAGCAACAAGCCGGCUAAACCAGCCAAAGAGAACAAGUCAAAAGCUCCAAAGACCUACAGUCUUGCCAACACUGUCCAGGUUGACACAGGUGGAGUCUCAGACAAAUCGAUCCUUAAAGUUUCAAUACAACCUGACCUCGAGAAGAAGAUCAUCAAGCUGAUCAAUGACUUCAGAGAGGAAAAUUGUGACAAAGGGCCCGUAUCAGGCAGACUCACAAACAAGAAAUUACUGGAUCUGUACACAGCUCUGCAGAAAUUCAAUUUCAAGAGAGAGCACAUCGAGGAGGCGAUGAAGAGUAGUGUGCUGUAUGGAGGUGAUCUCCACUCUGCUCUCGACUGGCUCUGCCUCAACCUUAAAGAUGAGGAGCUGCCAGAAGGGUUUACCCAGCAGAUGCAGGAGGAGAGCCAGAGGAGCAGGCCCAAGUUCCAGCCUCCCGCCCAGCAGAAACCAGCAGCCCCAAGCCCCAAACCACCCAGUAAUCCCCGCAAAGAGACCACCAAGGCCACAGAGAAAGAUGAAGCUGCAAGCAUGAAGGAUUGGAUCUUAAGGUAUGCAGAGCAGAGCAGUGAUGAGGAGGAGGAGGAGGAAGAAGAAGGGGGGAAAAAGACUGCACGCAAUCCUGAACUGGACGAAAAGUUUGAUCCGAAUGAUAGGUAUUUGAUCCUCACUGCUCAGCUGUAUGAUGCUAAAGAAAUGGCGACUGCUUCCAAGACAAAAGGAGACAAAACGGGCCAAAGGAUGGCACAGGACAGAAUACGCAUCAUUCAGCAAGAAAUGAAGCAAAUGGAGUCCCAUCCGAUGUUCAAUCCAUCUAUAAAAGUGGUGGAUGUGCCUCAAAAGGAGAAAAAAGUAGUUCCUGUCACUGAGGACAAAGAAGAUCUCAGCUUCAACUUAUUUGAACAAGCUGAAAAGGAACCUCCUGCACAGAAAGUUGUGAAAAAGAACGAGCCAAAGGAUAUUCGCAAUUUUGACUACACAGCUCGCAGCUGGACAGGGAAGUCUCCCAAACAGUUCCUCAUAGACUGGGUCCGAAAGAACCUUCCAAAGAGCCCCCCACCGUCAUUUCACAAGGUUGCUGCCGGUAGAUACUGGAGAUCCAGGGUGCGUGUUCAGAGGAUAGAUGAUGUCCUGGAAGUCUGUCCAACCAUCCUGACUGAGGACAGCAUGCAAGCUCAACAUCUGGCAGCCACACAGGCACUCUACACCCUGAUUAAAGGACAGUCGGUGCACACGCUCCUCCCACCAACCUACAGAGAUGUCUGGCUGGAGUGGAGGGACAACGAGCAGCAGCAACAGGAAGAGAGCCGCACUGCUGCCAACAAACCUCGAGACCAGUUCAUCUCCCGCCUCCUAACCAGACUCAAACAGCAGCAAAACCUUAACCAGAAGCAGGGUUCUGGAUCCCAAGGCCAGCUGGGGCUUGGUGGGGAUGGGGACGAAGAGCCCGAAGAGUCCUGGGAGAAUCUGGCUUCUCUUGACAUCGGGGAUGGAGGAGAAGAACUGGAGGAUAAGAGUGAGAAAACAGGAGAGAGGAGAGAAAGGGAAGGAGCACUCGAGGCAUCUAGAGAGCUCUUAAAGAAGCUGAAAAAGUCACCACUGGCCCACAAACUAAAGGCAGAGCGAGAGCAACUUCCUGUCUUCCAACACCGGCAUCAUGUACUGGAGGUUCUGCAGCGCCACCGUGUGGUCGUGGUGGCUGGAGAGACAGGCAGUGGAAAGAGUACGCAGAUUCCUCAGUUUAUCUUGGAGGAGCUGUUGACUGGGGGUAAAGAGGCACAGCCCUGCAACAUUGUAGUGACCCAGCCCCGCAGGAUAUCUGCCAUGAGUCUGGCCUGCAGAGUCAGCCAGGAGCUUGGCUGUGAGGACGGGCCAGGAUCGAAGUCUUCGCCGUGCGGAUACCAGAUCAGGAUGGAGAAUCAGUCCGGGGAGUGGACUCGCCUGCUGUACUGCACGACUGGAGUUCUGCUCAGGAAACUCCAGCAUGACAGACACCUCAGCUCCCUGACGCACAUUAUUGUAGACGAGGUCCACGAACGCAGUGUCCAGUCAGACUUCCUGCUAACCAUCUUGAAAGAUGUUGUCCUGAGGAGAUCAGACCUGCAGCUGAUCCUAAUGAGUGCCACAGUGGAUUGUAACAAAUUCUCUAACUACUUCAACCGCUGCCCAGUAAUCACCAUCCCUGGCAGGACAUUCCCAGUGGAGGUGUUCCAUUUAGAAGACAUCGUGGAGCAGACAGGCUACGUCCUGGAAAAGGACUCAGAGUACAGCCAGAAAAUUCUUGAAGAAGAAGAGGAAGUUAGCAUCUCUAUCUCCCAAAAAGGUGGCAAAACAUUACAGCAUCAGGAAGUUAUAAUAAGGGACUCGUCUUCAGGCUGGGACCUGGGUCCAGACCUGGACCACUUCAGCAGCAGGACUCGGCAGGUGCUGCAGUAUAUGAACCCCAAUAAGAUCAACAUGGACUUGCUGGUUGACCUUCUGGACUACCUAGACAAAUCCCCACAGUUUGCAGAGUUGGAUGGAGCCGUUCUCGUCUUCCUCCCAGGGCUGGCUCAUAUCCAGCAGAUCCACGACCUGCUCUCCUCAGACAAGAGAUUCAAGGAUAAAAGCAGGUACAGGCUUGUUGCUCUGCACUCGACUCUCUCCUCAAAAGACCAGGCUGCAGCCUUCACAGUGCCCCCCAAUGGAGUGAGGAAGAUUGUGUUGUCAACCAACAUUGCUGAGACAGGUGUGACUAUUCCUGACGUCGUGUUUGUCAUCGAUACUGGAAAGACCAAAGAAAAUAAGUAUCAUGAGAGCAGCCAGAUGAGUUCUCUGGUGGAAACCUUUGUGUCGAAAGCCAGCGCCCUCCAGAGGCAGGGGAGAGCAGGACGUGUCCGCAAUGGUUUCUGCUUCAGACUCUACCCAAAAUUCAGGUUUGAUGCUUUCAUGGAUUACUCCAUUCCAGAGAUACUACGGGUCCCCCUGGAGGAGCUCUGUCUUCAUAUUAUGAAAUGUCAGUACGGCUCCCCGGAGGAGUUUUUGAGCAGGGCCCUGGAUGCUCCUCAGUCUCAGUCAGUCAGUAACGCCGUUAAUCUUCUGAGGAAGAUCGGUGCUUGUCACCCCGACCAUCAUCUCCUCACCCCUCUGGGACACCACCUAGCAAGCUUGCCCGUCAACGUGAAGAUUGGCAAGAUGCUCAUCUACGGAGCCAUUCUCGGCUGCUUAGAGCCCAUAGCAACCAUCGCGGCUGCAAUCACUGAAAAGUCUCCCUUCUCCACACCAAUGAAUAGAAAAGAGGAAGCCAACCUGGCCAAAGCUGCACUGGCAUUGGCCAACUCUGAUCACCUGACCAUAUACAAUGCCUAUCUGGGGUGGAAAAACUCACAGAAUGAGGGGCAGAGAGUGGAAAUGUCCUUCUGCAGAAAACACUUCCUUAAUCGAACGGCUCUCAUUACAAUAGAGGAUGUGAAGCACGACCUGAUGAGGAUGAUGGAACAGGCAGGUUUCUGGUCGUCUCGCUCCUCCUCUCACUCAAAGCAGCAGGCGGCCACACUGUCCAAGCCGCUGAUCUCCGUCUUGAACGCAGUGCUGACAGCUGGGCUCUACGACAGCGUGGCCCGGGUCCUGUGCACCACCUCUGUGGAUGUGCUCGAGCGGGUGGCCUGCACAGUGGAGACCCCGCAAGGCAAGGCUCAGGUCCAUCCCUCGUCCGUUAACCGCAAUCUGCAGACACACGGCUGGCUGCUGUACCAGGAGAAGGUUAAAUACACUAAGAUCUACCUGCGAGACACAUCUCUGAUAUCUCCAUUUCCCAUGCUGCUGUUUGGAGGUGACAUCGAUAUUCAGCACAGAGAACGGCUCAUAACACUAGACGGAUGGAUGCAUUUCCAGGCUCCUGUUAGGAUCGGUGUGAUCUUCAAACACCUGAGGAAGCUGAUGGACUCUUUACUUGAAAAGAAGAUAGAGAACCCUCGGAUGAGUCUAGAAGGUGAGAAGGCCAUCUAUGUGAUUCUGGAUCUGAUCAAAUCAGAGCAUGCUGCGUGAUGUCGGACCAACAAAGGAUCUAUUUGCCACUGAAGAACCUGCAUACCCUUAUCUUAGACUAUCAACAGGCCUUUGCACAUACUGUUAAGCCCUGUUGACAAAGUGCUUCCUGUUUAGACUCCGGGAAUCAGGAUGGACACCAGCGGAUAAUCAGUGGGCAUAAUGUGGGGCAUCCUAAAGAUGAAUGAUGGUUAUCAUGAACUGUCACCCACAUGAGGAAGACUGACUAAUAUGAAAUGCAAAGAGACUGAAAUUUGAGAGGAAAAAAAAAAACAGAGAAAAUUAUGUUGCCAAAUAUGGUGGGAAUAAAACUGUAUUCAUUUUUAUUUGAGCCUUUUAAUGUGUCAUGAUUGAUUGUCAAAAUU